AUGGCCCAACCCACGCCUCUCUUCACCCUCCCCAUCCCUAUCUCCUCUUCUCUCCAGUCGCAGCCGGGCACCCUGACUUGCACGAUCCCUUCUACCUUGCACCCCAAUCUCUACCUCCUCACCUUCUCCUCACCCCCCGACAACCGUCUCACAACCACUUUCUGCCAAGCCUUCAUGCACGCUCUCGAUAUCCUCGAGAUCUCCUACCCAGUCGGCGCAAUCUGCAUAACCUCCGCAAUUCCCAAAUUCUUCUCCAACGGUCUAGAUCUCAGCCAUGCUACUGAAACGGAAGGGUUCUGGGACAAGACGCUUUAUGCGCUGUGGAAACGAUUAUUAACCUAUCCCAUGCCAACUAUAUCUCUCCUUCCCGGACAUGCCUUCGCCGGCGGCCUCAUGACGGCCAUGUACACGGACUACCGAGUUUUCAACCCAAGCCGAGGCUACCUCUGUCUCAACGAGCUCGAAUUUGGCGCUCCUCUUAAAGCACCAAUGUCCUCUAUUUUCCGCCAAAAACUGCCCUCUCCCGCUACCUACCGCUCUCUCGUGCUUGAAGCGAAACGCUUCAACGGCGAGGCCGCGUUAAAGGAAGGACUUGUGGAUGUUUUAGGAGGAUGGGAAGAUGUGUUGAAGUUGGUUGAUGAGCGGAAAUUGUUGGAGAAAGGGAAGACUGGGGUUUAUGGGGUGUUGAAAGCGGAGAUGUGGAGGGAGAGUUUGCGUCGCUGA